GCUAACAGAUUUACAGUAUAUGAUGCUCUGCACCUGUUUGGCUUCAUUGUUGUUGGACUGAAUCGACGCAAAACGACCAGACGUCUCCAGACCAGGAGGAGCUGUUUCCCAGCAGCUGCUGCAGAGCCUGCACACGGCUGCUUUACAUAGACAGGACGCCACAGAUGACAACUAAAAGCCUGUUCAGAGCCGGAGACUGAGCAUCUCUCUUCCAAAGACAAAACCCCACACACGCCUCUCUUACCUGCGAAAGUGAGAUGUCUUCUCCCGUUGCCUCCUCCAGCCCUCUGACCGCUCUGGCGCCCAAGAGGAAGACGAAGAAGAAGCACUUUGUACAGCAGAAAGUGGAGGUUUUCCGAGCCAGUGACCCCGUGUUGAGCGUAUUGAUGUGGGGAGUCAAUCAUUCGAUCAAUGACCUGAGCCAGGUGCCUGUACCUGUCAUGCUGCUCCCAGACGACUUUAAAGCCAGCACCAAGAUCAAAGUCAACAACCAUCUCUUCAACAAAGAGAAUCUUCCUGGACAAUUUAAAUUCAAAGAGUACUGUCCACAGGUGUUCAGAAACCUGCGAGAGCGCUUUGGCAUCGAGGAUCAAGAUUACCAGGUGUCUCUGGCCCGCAGUCCUCCGCUCAAAGACGAGGAGGGGCAAUGCGUGAGGCUGCUGCUGACAUCAUACGACCGCACUUUGGUAGUCAAAGAAAUCUCUAGUGAGGAGGUGGAGGAGAUGCACAACAUCCUCUCUGAGUAUCACCAGCAUAUUGUCACCUGCCAUGGCAGUACACUGCUCCCUCAGUUCCUGGCGAUGUACAGAGUCACUGUGGAGAGUGAGGACACCUACCUGUUAGUGAUGAGGAACAUGUUCAGCCACAGACUGCAUGUACACAGGAAGUACGACCUCAAGGGUUCCCUGGUGUCUCGUGAAGCAAGUUUUAAAGAGAAGGUAAAAGAACUGCCCACUUAUAAGGACGUCGACUUCAGGAAUAACAUGCAAAAGGUUUAUGUGAGCGACGAGGAGAAAGAGAAAAUCAUGGACAAGCUUAACAGAGAUAUUGAGUUUUUGGUUCGUAUGAGGAUCAUGGACUACAGCCUGCUGCUGGGUAUCCAUGAUGUCGAGCGGGCUGAGAGGGAAGAGGAGGAGGAGAUGAUGGAGUCGUCCUAUGAGGAGGAAGAGGAGGAUGAAAACGGCCUUGCUCCUGCUCCAGGCUCCACCUCACCUGAGGGUAUCGCUGGCUACAUGAACUCCUUCAAACCCAUGGGUCCUGGGGAGUUCGACCCUUAUGUGGAUGUGUACGCUAUUCAAAGUACUGUAGGUGCACCCCAGAGGGAGGUGUAUUUCAUGGGUCUGAUUGACGUGCUGACGCAGUACGACACCAAGAAGAAAGCUGCUCACGCUGCCAAGGCUGUCAAACACGGGGCAGGAGCAGAAAUCUCAACAGUUCAUCCAGAGCAGUACGCUAAACGUUUCCGAGAGUUCAUCACUAAGAUCUUUGCCUAGUUCAAGGAUUCAGUCCAGGCUACUACCGUAAUCAUUUAAUACAAGAGGAGUUUCACUAUGCAAUGCUUGCAAGCCAUGCCAAAUCAACAUCAAGAUGCACUGAAAAUUUAAUUUGCAUUAAUUUCUAAAUGAUUCAUGUGGUUUUUGAGUAUUUACCCUCCAUAUUAUCCCAGACUGCAACAUGAUGCAUUUAUAUCUGAGUGAAGAACUGGAAUUUGCACACAGGAGGAAAAGUGCUCUUGGCAAUUUGUGGUUAUGAAUGGGUGUCUUUUGUUUUUUAAAGUGAUAGCCACGAAUACAUUUUUUUUUAAAGAAAUCAUGUAAUGUGAUGAAAGUAAAUGCCUCAGAUAUUAAUGUAUUCUUUUUUAGUGGCCAGUGGGGGUGGAUAUGGUGAGGAAAAAAAGGUUUUCUCAACACAUUGAUCAUUGCUCUCAAUCAAAGUCUCAGUCAUUGCUGCUACAAAUGUUGGUUGACAACACUUACCAUAAUAAUUUGGCAAAAUUGGGCAAAUCUGCAGGUUUUCAAUUAGGGAUAAUAAAAUUCUAUUUGUCAGCUCCAAUAUGUGACUUUAACCUGAUAAGAUGCGUAAUUUUACAUUAAUAUGUUGUGCAGAUUUAAAAUAAACGGCACAGACAUAACUGUGUGAAGAAGUACCAGCCGGUAAAUACUGGCUCCAUUUCUGAGCACAUAUUUUAAAAUGAAGAUUAAUAGAAUUCUAUUUAAAAACUACCAUGUAAUUAUAACACAAAUAGUUGAAGCCAUUAGA